AUGUACUCUCUUCGUUCUAUUUUAUUUUCACUUCUAACCUUCGGAUGGGUCGUCUAUUCCCAAAGAAUUGAUACCCACUUUCAUGCUCUUCCACCAGCAUACCUGGACGCUCUUGCGGCAGCCGGUGGUGAUCCGUCGGGAUAUCCCACUCCAGAAUGGAGUCUUGAUGCAGCCAUUAAGUCGAUGAAGUCAAUCGACACUGCUUUGGGAAUCCUCUCCGUGUCUUCCCCUGGUGUCUCGAUCGCUGGAACUGGUGGUGCGGCUAGAACCCUCGCUCGUACCCUCAACAAAGACCUCGGUAACUACGUUUCCAAGAGCAAGCAUAGGGCAAAACUCGGUUUCUUCGGUGUUCUUCCUGAUUUUCAAGACCUCAAUGGCACCUUGACCGAGAUUGACUACCUCUAUCAAGAGCAGAGACUAUGCAACGGAGUCACUGUUUUCACGAGCUAUGGUGGAAAGCUCCUCGGUCAUCCUGACUUUGCUCCCAUCUGGGCUAGAUUUCAAAAGUACAAGGCUCUCAUCUUUCUGCACCCUUCCGUCCUGGAUGUUGAGCCUCACUUGAUCGGCCCUGCCAUUCCCCAGCCUGUCAUUGACUACCCUCUCGCUACCACCCGCGCAGCAACUGAUUUAGUCAUGGCAGGCAGGCUUCAAGCUUGUCCUGACAUCGAUAUCAUUCUCUCUCAUGCCGGCGGCGCAGUACCCUACGUUGGUAGCCGCGCCAUUAAUGCAUUAGCCAUCCCCUCCAUUGCAAAGGUCGCCAACGUCAAUCUUGUACAAGCCAAAAAGGACUUUGCCCGUUUCUAUUACGAUGUUGCUCUUAGUACGAGUGCUGCCCAGCUAGAUGGCUUGCUUGACUUUGCUGCUUCUGAUAAGAUCCUGUUUGGAUCUGACUUUCCUUAUGCUCCUCAGUAUGGCAUUGAUGCUGUCCUGUUGGAAUACAAUAAAUAUGUCAAGACAAACUCACGAGGUUCUCAAGUGGCACCUCAAGUGUUGCGACAGAACUCGAUCAAACUUCUUAACAAGCACUCUCAGUUCAGACAGUAUGGUUGA